AUGAGCGCGCCUGGAUUCGGCGCGGACGACUACAUCGCCUUCGACCUGGGGGAGGGGAGCGAGAGUGAUGUGCCCGAGGAGAAGCAGGCGACGACUGUCGACGAUGCGGUGCGCGAGCACGCCACCGCGCGCAGCACGCCGUGGGCGACCGAUGUCGAGUGGCACCGGUACCGGAACGUGGCCGAAAUGUUGAACGCAGAGGUAAAGACCUACUCGCAGUGGAUCUGCCCUACACAAGAGGAGCACGCGUGCCGCGUGAUGGUGAUCGAGCUGCUGCAGCGCGCGCUGUGCUCCGAGUGGCCGGACGCCGAAGUACGCUCGUUUGGGUCACAGGACACACAGCUGUACCUGCCGCAGGGCGACAUCGACCUUGUAGUUCUGUCCAAGUCCAUGGACCUGCGUCCCCGCGAGACGACGCUGCGCAGCAUUGCGGGGUGCCUCCGGGCGCACGGCCUCGCAAAGGACAUCCAGGUCAUUGGACGCGCCAAGGUGCCGAUCAUCAAGUUUGUGUGCACCUAUGGCCACUUUCACGUCGAUAUCUCGAUCAACCAGGCCAACGGACUGCAGGCCGCGCGGCUCGUCAACCGCUGGCUCGCCAAGAUGCCGGGCUUGCGGCCGCUCGUGAUGGUCGUCAAGCAGCUCUUGCAGCAGCGCGCGCUCUCGGAAGUGUUCACCGGCGGCCUCGGCUCAUACAGCGUCACGCUCAUGAUCCUAUCGUUUCUGCAGCUGCAUCCCAAGCUGCAAAUGGAAGAGAUCGCCGCGGAACGCAACCUCGGCACGCUGCUCAUGGAGCUCCUCGAGCUGUACGGCAAAAACUUUGGGUACGACGAGAGCGGGAUUACCGUGCGGGGUCUGGGGGGUUACUUUAACAAGCGCAAGCGGGGGUGGUACGACGCACGCAAGCCGUUUUUGCUCUGCAUCGAAGACCCGCACGACGUCGGGAACGAUAUCGCCAAGGGCUCGUUUGCCGUGAUCAGCGUGCGGUCCGCACUCGGCGGUGCAUUCGAUAUCCUGCACGCGGCGCUGUGCGAGCGCGCCAACGACUUGCACGCUUUUCGUACGCGCCAGCGCGCACUGCACGACGCGCAGCAGCAGAGCACGCACACCCACUUUGGCGACGAGGGCGACUCGCGCCUGCACAUUACCAGCCAGACAAAAGAGCCCGAGAGCUUGCUCGGCUCGGUGCUCGGCGUGUCGCGCGAAAUGAUCAAGCGGCGCACCGAGAUCAAGGACCUGUUCGAGUCGCACGCGCUCCAGGGCCGCCUCGCCGAGUUCCCGCCUCUCGCCAAGGGCGAGAAGCGCGCCGCGGAGGAAGAGGCACCCAAGAAACGUGCCAAGACCAAGCGUGCGGCCGCCGAACGCGACGCGGGCGUACGCCCGGACGAUGCGCCAGAGGUCGAGAUCAGCACGCCCCAGGCCAAGGUGCGCAAGCUCCAGCCGAGCUCGGGCGCGAGCGAAGAAGACUCAAAGUACGCCGCGCCGAGCCGCACACGCAAGCGCCAGCGCGACAUGUACGCGCCGCCCGCCGAGCCGAGCGACUCGGACGCAGAUUUGCUCACGAACGACGCGCCGUUCGUCACCGAGUCGAGCGACAGCGACGCGCCGCCUGCGCCUGCGCCCGCGCCCGCGCCUGCGCCCGAGGCGGGCCAGGGCCUGGCGAUCGCGGGGCGUGCAAAGCGGUCCAAAUCGAGCCUCAGCAAGGCGGACCGCCACGCGUACUGGAAGGGCAAGAGCGGCGCGGAGCAUGGCGCCGUGCGCGACAGUUCGUAG